UGUUCGGGAGCAUUCGUACGAUUCGAGUGCGUAAUUUUUGGUCGACGAUUCAUUGAUAUUUAAAAAAACGUCGCCGUCGAUUUGUUAUCGUUUGCAUUUUGUUAUUGAAAGAAAGAAGGCGUCCCGACCAAAGAUGCUGUCCAUAUUCAAUAUUCAAAGAUUACGGUGCAUAACGAAAGUGAAUAUACCGCGAGCACAGUGUUUAGCCGCGAUACACCAGCAGAAGGAGAUUCAUUUCGACAGAGCAUCGAAGCUUCAUAAGCCGACAGUAUUCCGAACGGAAAUGAGUAUGUCAUACAGUACAACGCCGCCAAUUGUUCCGGUCGCAUAUUACGAAGAGAUCAAAGACCUACCAAAUCAUCGCGAAAGACUUCUGGUCGAUGUGCGCGAACCGAGCGAAAUCCAGAAAACUGGACGAAUACCGACCAGCAUAAACGUGCCAUUGGAUAGUGUGCAAAAAGCCUUCUCCAAUGAAACAUCGGCCGAAGAAUUUGCGAAAAGCUUCAAUCACUCGAAGCCAAACAUUAAGGACCAGAUAAUAUUCUCGUGUCUAUCCGGCAAGCGAUCACAAAUGGCUGCUGAGACAGUGAUGACCCUGGGAUACAAACAAAUCAAGAACUACAAAGGAUCGUGGACUGAAUGGGCCGAAAAGAAUGGACUGCCAGUUAAAUAAUGUUCGUUGAGCGAACAUUUUAUGAUUUUUUUUGUUCUUUAAAAAUCUGAAAAAUGACCGAACUGAUGUUUAUAUGAGAUUCAAAAGAAUUCAAAGUAAAUAAAUAUUUUGAUUGCAGCAUUC